ACUGUUAUAAAUGUAGCUUGCAAAACCUGCAAAAUAUGCAACAGCCACAUAAACUCAGGCUCUAAAAAAACUGGCCAAAUUUGAUGAGAAACGGGAGAGUUGGGUCCAAACACACCGAAAAAACAGGACUGUAUCUCACAUCCAAGAUGAAGCAAAUAUAUUGCUUGAAAAACUGCAGGCCCUGGGUGUAAGGGCAAUGCUCUUGACAGCAAACACCUGGGUGUCCGAGGUGUUACUGCCCCGUUGCCACUUGUCGGCGAACGCUACUACAUGUGUGGACAGAAUGCGGGACAUUUAUGGACUUCUUGUUCACGACUGGGUCCUACCAGAUGCCACACGCCAGUUGGAUGAACCCUCAUCAGCCCCAGUCGAACAACCAACUGGAGCAGUAGCUCCACCAGAUCCCCAGCAAACACUGGCUCCACCUGAUCCCCGAACAGCCCCAACUGGACCAGUAAUGGCCCCACCAGACCCACCAGUAGCAGUGGCUUCCUUUUGUCCCUCAGCAACCUCCACUACAUCAGUGAAGUUCCUGACUAGGCCACCAGCAGCCCCAACUGGACCAUCAACCUCUGGUUCCCAUUCCUCAGAAGGAACUCCAGCUGCCCCAGUUGCUUUAGAAAAAGUAAUAGAUGACAUUGUGGAAGAAGGCUGUCCUGCUCCCAGUGCAGUGCUGAAACGGAAAAGGAAAGAAUGCCCACAUACAGUAUCAGGGAGCAAAGAGUUCUACCCUGUGAAGAGGGUUGCCUAAUGCAAAGUUUUAAAGGUUCAAUAAUCCCACACAGAGUCAUUCACCUGCUGACGUUUCCUAGAACUCUCAUGUUAGAGAAUCUACAGUCAUAAAGUGCUGAUAGUCUUUAUGUAAUCUGUGUAAUAAUCCUGAAAGAGUAUUCAAGA